AUGUUUACAAGCACUUAUGGAAAUAGUAAAGAUCAUAAAAACUCAGCCUAAAAACGAAAACAGGGCUUUGACAGGCUGUCUAACUCAGACUAGAUUUCAGUCAAUGGCUUGGAGGUCAAUGUAAGGCCUCUUCUUGAGUAAAAUGCUCGCUUAUUAAAUGGCAAACUCAUUGUCCGCAGAGUGGUAAAUGAAAGAUCAUUUAUAGUGUUUCAUGAGGAAUUUAAGGACGAGUUCUUGUUAAAAGGCAUUCCACAUGAGGAACAACUUGAAAGAUGGAUUGAUUUGCCUACUCAUACGAAUAUUGUGACAUGCUUUGAUUAAAUAUCUCACGAUGGCAAAAUGUUCUCACUUACUGAAUCAACUAAUGGAGGAGAUAUGUUUUAAUACAUUGAAUCAUUGAAUCUGAAUCUAGCUAUCAAUGUGCCACAUCAAUACAUUGAGACUAUUUACGACUGCAUAAUUCAGUUGGCUAUUGGAAUGGACUAUGCUCACAAUAACGGUCUGGUGCAUGGCUAGUUUGAUUUGUCAAAUGUUGCAUUAGCUAAAGAUUAAGAUACUCUUAUCUUCAAGGUUACUGACUUCAGGCCUGCUACAUCUAUGAGUCUUCCACUUACUUCAGAGGGGUCACUUUGGCCCUUUGCCCGUCAGAAGAAAAAGGGCAAUUUCACUGAGAAGGAGAAGUUAGAAAUCCUAAUGCUAAAGGACAUUUACGCUUUGGGAAUAUGCCUGCUUGAACUCAUGAUUGGCAGAAUCUGCUCUAACAGAUUUUCCAUAUCUUUGGAUAGUUUACCCCUGACCUGGGCAGAAUUCGCAGAAAGCACUCCUCUAAUUCAGGUUCUAGUAGAGUGUAUUAACAUUGACAACAUCACUCAAAGAAAGGGUAAAUUAUCCACAAUCAAGAAACUACUGAUUAAGGAUUAUCUCAAAUUUUUUCAAAGGCCUUUCUAUAAAAUGGAGUUGCCUGUAGUUGGCAAGAGAACUGAUGUCUGUAAUAAGAAAGCUAUGAUUGCUCUAUCUAAUGGUAAUGAAGAACUUGCUCUUUAGUACUGGGAGGAAGCAAUCGGUAUGAAAGAAGCGCAUUUUGAUACACAGCUUAACUUUUUAAUCUAUAAAUGGAGAGCAGCUCAGCUAUCCGAUGAUGAAUUUAUGGCUGAGUUAUCAAAGGAGUUCUUUCAAGAAAAAGACAUUGGGAAAGGCUUGUUAGGCAUAAUAAAUAUUGCCACUGGAGAAAAAGAAAAAGGCUUAUAAAUACUAGAAUAGAUAAUUGAAGAAGAAAAGAAGGAUUUGUCUAUUAGUUUGAAGUAGCAGAGAUUCAGAGCGAGUUUAAAGGAGAUCAUUCAAUCUGUGACUGUGACUGACAAGGAUUCAUACUUUCAAAAUUGUAAACUAAAGUCAGAGCAUUAAGAGAAAAUUGAGUCCAUUAGCAUUAAUGUUAAUAGUAGAUUUUUAACAACGACUUCAAAAGAUUGUGUGAAUAUUUGGCAAUUGAGGCCAUAGAUUCAAAAAGUGCUCACUUUCCCUUUAGAGGAAGAGGAUCCUGCUUCUUAGACUAAAUUCGCUACAAAGGUACUAGCCUCAGUAGAUUAAGAUUGCAAACUCCUAGCUAUCUAUAAGGGCAAGAAUUUCGUGUUUCAAACUUACAACAUUGACUACAAGAACUAAAUAGCUACCUUAAAAGACACCAUUGAUCUUUAGAAAGAAUUGAUGAGAGCGCAACUCCUUGAUACCAAGCUUGAUGAAUUUGAUGUAAUAGCAGAAAUCAAACUCAUUAAUGAUGGUAAAACACUAAAAAUAGUUCAGUUGAGAAAAAAGUAACCCUACAUGAUUGAGAUUAACUUAUUUGACUGCUCACCUUAGAUGAGAAAAUAAGAAAAUAAGUUUGAGGACAAAUCCAUUUUUAGGUAUGGAUUGACCUAUGUACAGUAUCAUGAAUCUCUUAAUGUUUUUUUGAACUACUAACUUUCAAAGGGUAGUUUGUUUGCAUUCCCAGAGAAGGAGUUUUAGGUUUUAGUAGUAUUAAACAGAGAGGAUAAGCAGAAUAAAGCUUUUUACGUUUAUGAGGUCUUUAAUGAGAGAUUCGGCAGAAGAGUUAAAAAAUUGGAAAACCCCCUAAAAUUAGGUUAAGAUGAGUCAGAUGCUUUUGAUGUAGACUUAGAGUGUAAAACUUUGAUAUAUACUUGCGGUGAUGAGCUAGUUUUUCAUUCCAUUAAGAUCCCUGAUUAAAUUCAAAGAUACAUCAGACCUCGUUUCAAUCAAGCUCUUCACAAAGAUAAUCCAGCAAAAAUUGCUUAGCUUAGACAAGAUUUCAUUGAGAAAAUUAAUAAGAACCUGAAAAAUUUCUCACUGCUGCUUCCAGCAUAAGAAUAAGAGCGAAGGAACUGCUUAUUGCUGAUGCUUAAGAAAGUUGAAUACGGCUUAAACAACAAAAGACUAGUGGCUUGCAAUCCAUAGUUCCUUCGUAUACAUAAAAUGCUUAUGCAACACUAGAUUAAGGAAUGCCCGAUUGUAGGUGUGAAAGAUUUUGUAAAGAUAGGUAUAUUUGAUGAGAUUAAGUUUACGAAUGAUUUGCAUAGAAUUAAGUUUGUCAGCUUAUCAUCAGAAAUGGAAAAUAAUUAUAUGAUGCUAGCAAUAGACGGAACAAUAUAUAAGUAUGAUCUGGCUACAAAGGAAAUGUUGUUUUCGUUUAAGUCAUAGGCUUACCAAGGCAUGAUGUUAUUUGAUGAGGACACUAAACUUAUGGCAGCAGAUACCUAAUAACUUAAGUUAUGGGAGUUUAUUCAUAACAAAGAUGAUGCACCAGAGCUUUAUUCUGUGCUAUAAGUACCAUUAAGAGUUGAGCAAGCAUUUGUUAAUAGAAGGGGAGAUGUAAAUUAUUAGAUAAUCACUUGCAAAGACUCAUUCAUUGUGUAUCACAGCAAGCUAGAUAAGCUAUUUGAUGGCUCAAUAAUGGCGUAUGAAAAUAUUAGAACAGUAGAGUUCAAUGCAAAUGCUACUCAUUUCUUUGUUGGAACAGACAAGGGUAGAAUUUAUAGGUAUUCAAUUGACUAAAAGGCGAAAGAAGGUGAAGCAGUUGAAGCUGAAAUAGGUUAGUUUGGUGUUGACAUAAUUCACUGUACUAUUGGGAUAAAGGAUAGAGAUGUAUUCAUUGUAUACGUCUAAGGUAAAGGCGUCAAAGUUGUCGAAUACAACGAAAAUAGAAUAGAACAAGUCGAGAUCGAUAAAGAGAGAUUAGGGCAAGUAACUUCAAUCAAAGCCAAUCCAGAAGCAACAUUUGUAUUUAUUGGUAUUCCUGAGACUUCAAGCAUUGGAGUAUUUUACCUAGACCGAAUAACUCUUUAACUUAAGAUCUAAAAGUACAUCACAAUGAGUUUCUAGACCUUUGAGAUGGAUGACUAUUGCACUAAAAUUAUAUUUAUGAAUCAUAAGUGCAGAGUACUAGAACUCUACAGUGUUAAGUGGGAGUACGAUAGGAGUUCUAUAGACGAGGCAUUCUAUAAUAAACUUGAUGAUACAAUUAUUGAUGAAAAUGACCUAAACUACUAAAGACAGUUCAAAGGCAAAAUUGAUCCAACUUAAAAGACUCUUAAUGAAAUGGAUAAGAAACCAGCUGCAAAUGGCAAACCUAAGUCAUCUAGCUGCAAUAUAUUCUGA